AUGUCUGAGGCGCAGGUUCCUGUUUGGCUGGAUUGUGAUCCAGGCCAUGAUGACGCUUUUGCAAUUCUUCUUGCAGCUUAUCACCCUCAGAUCAGACUGCUCGGCGUCUCGACAGUCUUUGGAAAUGCAUCUCUUGAGAAUACCACACACAAUGCGGCCUCUAUUCUCACCGCUAUUGGAAUGCAUGAUAUUCCUUUGUAUAUCGGCUUAGGAAAAGCCCUUGAGCGCCCUGCCCUCCAUGCACCAACAGACAUCCAUGGCGUUUCUGGACUGGACGGCACCGAUCUUUUGCCCACACCGCUCGUCACACCUUCUACCAUGCCAGCCGUCGAGGCGAUGGCCACGGCUCUACGUGCUCAGCAGCCUGGCACAGCGUGGAUUGUUGCGACAGGUGCGCUGACCAAUGUUGGAGCUCUGUUCCGUGCGUACCCAGAACUCAUCAGCCAUGUCAAGGGUGUCAGUCUCAUGGGUGGCUCUAUUGGCGACAACUUCUCAGAUGCGCCGCUAGGUGAAGUCGACGGCCGACCUAGAAUCGGGAACUACACGCCUUGGGCCGAGUUCAACAUUCUUGUUGACCCUGAGGCUGCUGCAACAGUCUUCCAUAACAAGGAGACUGCUGCCAAGACCACGAUUGUGCCGCUUGAUCUCAGCCAUCAGGUGCUGGCUACGCCCGAGGUGAGAGAUAUGCUUCUGUAUGGACCCGAUGCCGAGAAAACAGGCCCUGGAAAGACAACUCUCCGAACCAUGCUUGUUGAGCUCCUUUACUUCUUUGCCCAAACAUACGCUGAUACGUUCGGCAUCACCGCUGGCCCUCCCCUCCAUGACCCUAUCGCCGUUGCCGCCGUACUGAUCGGCACGGAAAGUGAAAUCCCCUUCUUUGAGUGGGACGCCAAGCACAGCCAGCACCCUCAGCACAAUGAGCGCUUCGAAGUAACUGUUAUUACUGAGGGCACUUUUGAGGAGGCCAAAGAGGGUAAGCAAACAGGCCGCACAAUCGCCAAGUUGCUCCCACCUGGCGAACAAGGUGUUAGAAUCCCACGCGGAGUCGAUACUGCCAAGUUCUGGCAGGUCAUUGAAGAGUGCAUCGAGCGAGCAGAUGCAAAGAAUGCUGCGCUCGCGCUUGCACAGUGA